UUGGUUGAGGUUGUAUUUUUAUUUGUAUUUUUUAGAGUUAUAAUGCAAAAUCGGGCUCCGCUAUAAUGAAAUCAAUGUCAUAUGCAUUCAAAUUGCUAGGAAUCGCAAACGAGUCGACUCUAACCGUGUUAUCUCUACGUCUUGCUUUCAAUCAUUUUGUAGAACUCAGAUUGGAAUUUGAGGAAUAUCCAAAUAGGUCUACAAUAAUAUAUAGAUAUAAAGAAGACGACACGCAACUCGAAUUGGCACAAUACAAGAAAAUCCUUCUGCAAGAGAAAAACUACAUUGAUGUUGUGUGCGAAGACUUGGCAAAUAUCUUGAAAAGCUCGAGGUUCGCCGAAAAUAUCAAAGUGCGAGUAGACUACUUUGACUCAGAUUAUGUGGACAGCGAACCGUUUGUGAAUCGGGUUUAUGAACAAUUUCGGAUUAACACGACGGAACUCUUUGCUUGCACGCUCCACCUGCAAGCAGAUCAUGUUUCUCAACUACGAUUCGCCUUAAAAUGUUUUAAUCCAAGCAAAUUGCUAAGAUUGCAUAUUUCCGGUUCGAACAGAAAUACGCUAGAUUUAGAAGACAUUGUGAAGAUGGAGCAUUGGAAAAAUGCAAAAAUCAUUGAACUUUUCGGCUUCAUUGUUUCCAUACCAUUUGACAAUUUUCGCCAUUUUGACUUUGCAUUUUGUAAAGCUUCAAGAAUAUCUACAGAUGACAUAACGACGCUUGUAAAGAAUGCUUCCAGUGCGUCACGUCUUCACACUUUUAUAAUUUACUACGUUUGUCUGGACGAAGACGUUACAGAAUCAUUUUUGAACAAUUUGAUAGGUGAAAAACGAAUCAAUCAGUCUGGUGAGGAAGUUCGAUUUAUUCAAAAUGAUCUAGAAUUUGUGCACAAAUCCAAAGGAUUCAAAAUUUUAACUCCCUCGCGUCAAUUUUCAGAUGGAGAUAAGUUGUGGCCUGUUCAGCGUCUUAUGAAGGAAUAUUUUCUUAGCAAAAUGCAACCCCACAUUGAUAGCAGGACGGAAUCAUCAACGUCGUGGUUAUCAUGUUUUCGGAACCCGGUGAUAAUGGAGCACAUUGUGCAUGGCCUCGACUUUUAUGAGUUAGUAGUGCUCCGUAAAGUCUCUUAUGAAAUUCGCCAGUGCAUUGAAUAUAUCAAACCUGACCCCAAAUUGGUUGCAAUAAAAAUUCGCGUGGAAACUGAAGUUAUCUACAUGGAAGUAUUCGGCAGAAACAAUCACAAAAAAAUUGUAUACACUCCUCGUCCUGUCGUACGGAGUGACAAAAUGUGCCAACAGGCGCAAAUGCUUGAAGCGGAUAUUAGAGAUUUUUCAAACGAUUUUUAUACCAUUUUGGAAAACCAGAAGUCUGUCUUGGAAGGGUUUCGUGUCAUCCUAAAGCCAUUCAAUGGGUUACCUGAAUUUCGUGAAAUUCGCAAAUUGCUGACUCUUGCCCCGAAGAUCUCUUUAAAUCAAUUUAUGAUAAAACUGCUGGAAGGGAUCAUCAAACGGGUCGUUUUUCUUCCAGUAGAAAAAAUGACCAUUGAAACUGACGAGUUAGAGCUUAUGGCUCGAAUACUUCUACUCUCAGACUCCAGCUCGAUAAAAGUAAUUGAAUUGAGAAGACGCUACCCGUCUGGUUUUAUCUUAAAUGAAUUUAUGGAACAGCUCGCAAGUCUGGCGCAUUGGAGAAAUGCAGAAGAAUUUAUGAUCAAUAUUUUCCUGCCAAGUUCGAGCAUUAAAACGGUAAUUCACUUUGCAAAAGUCGAUAUAAGAUUGGAGGCAAUUUCAAUGGAAGAUGUUUUAUAUUUGAAGGAGAAAUUCCUAUUGUCUUCUAAAUUCCGUCAAUUCAAAGCCGAGUUCACCGACACUGACGUUGAUGAAUCCAUUUUUGAAGUUAACUUUUUGGGAGAGCCAUUCCGCAGAAUCGACGACCCCACCACAAAUUUACCGAACGUUUGGCGUUUCCGCUACCCUGGUUGCAGAGAGAACCUCCAAAUCAGAUAUUACCAGAAUCGGAAAAUUUUUAUGUUCAAUAGAGUUCCUACACAAUUUUGAUGAUGAUUCUGAGAUUGAGGCUUUGUUUUGUGAAUAAAUUUCAAACAUUGUUUU